AUGGCAUCAACUAUUUGUGGUAUAAAACGUAAACGUGCCAUUAAGAGUGUUCAGUUCGACCUGACACCAUGCAUCAUUGAAACUUAUUCAUCGGCGGACUAUGACCGCGGCGGUCUCUUUGCCAUGCCAGUUCUGUACAAAUUCAAAUUAUCACUUGAUAUCCCUGCCAUUCCUCCUCCAGCGUUGACCGAUUCGGAGGAUGACGGACAAAGCAGUAGCAGCGCAACCAGUAGUCCAGACACAGAAAGAGCCACUCAAUUGCUGCCCAAGAGACGACCACCGAAACUGUCUAUAGAUACAAGCAUCUGCGCCGGCCCCUUGAUUUUCACCAACCUGUCUACAAAUCAUGCCAAAAGACUCGAAGACGAUGAAUCUACCAACGAUUACUUGGUCCCGAUGUCAGCCGUAUAA